AUACUCGAUUUGACAAAAACAAAACCAAUUUUCCCACAGGGAAACACCCGAUGGUUCUGUAGAAGGUGAUCCCCUAUGUUACCGCAGUGGGGCGAAUACAUGUUUUUCAUCUGAGAAAAACGAAAAAAGAGAAAACGAAACCACCAGCGAGUAAAGCGCUGGCUCUUGACAUUAUAGAGUUCACCACCUACGCGUCGAUCGAGUGCACUUCCUCUGUUUACUUCCCUCUAAGCACGGUCAGACCUGCGUCAGUCACUAAGUCAGUGCUGGACGCUGGAAACGCACGGUGGAGAGACGACGUCCCUUUUAAGAUAUUAACAACUAUUACGGGCGAGCAGCACAAGUCGGGCUUCAAGAUGGAUUACAAAUAUGACAAUGGAGUAGAACUGCUAUUGGCUCACAUGAACAUAGAAGACAUCAUCAACGCGGCAGAGACCCUGUAUCAGCUUGAGCAAGCAGAGGAGGAACAAGGUGUGUCCUUCGAGGCAGAAGAUCUCUCCCAGGAGGAGAUGGACGAGAACGAGGAGGCGGUGGAUUCGCUGGGCUUGGGGAGUCAGCAGAAGGACUAUGUUGAUGGGGUUGGGGGUGUUCGUUACGGGUCGGUGGCAGACCUGCUUUCCUUUGUCAACCUGCUCUCGAGCAUGCAGGCUGCAUCCCUACAGGUCUUGCCUGAGGAGAUCGGCGUCCUACUGAACAAGAAAGACAUGGCUGUGAAAAAAGGCCGCUACCAGAUAAACAUGGAUGUGCUCCUGUUUCCUUGGAGGUUGACCUACAAAAACCAUGGCUCUGGCCUUGUGCCAAAGGGCUCUUUUGGGAAAGUCCACCUGGCCCAGGACACCGCCACCAGGAAAAGAAUGGCUUGCAAACUGGUCCCCCUGGAGCACUUUAAAGCGGCCGACGUGGAGUUCCAGGCUCGGUUUCAGCACGAGAACAUAGCCGAGCUCUACGGUGCCGUGCUCUGGGACCAGAGCGUCCACCUGUUCAUGGAGGCUGGGGAGGGCGGUUCGGUUUUGGAGAAGCUAGAUAGCUGUGGGCCCAUGAGGGAGUUUGAGAUCAUAUGGGUAACCAAGCAGGUUCUGCGGGGCCUGGAGUACCUACACUCAAACAACGUCAUCCACCACGACAUCAAACCUAGCAAUAUUGUCCUGAUGUCAGACAAGGCAGUGUUGGUGGACUUUGGCCUGACGGUCCAGAUGACAGAGGAUAUAUACAUUCCAAGAGACCUGAGAGGAACAGAGAUGUACAUGAGUCCAGAGGUGGUUCUGUGUCGAGGUCAUAGCACCAAGACAGACAUCUACAGCCUGGGCACCACCAUCAUUCACAUGCAGACUGGAAGCCCUCCAUGGGUCCAGAGAUACCCACGCACUGCUUACCCAUCCUACCUCUACAUUAUUCACAAACAGGCCCCCCCCCUGGAGGACAUAGCGGAGAACUGCAGCCUUGCCAUGCGCUCUUUCCUGGAGCGAGCCUUGGAGAGAAACCCUGCUCUGCGGAGCUCGGCCUCCGAGCUGCUGAAGGACGAUGCCAUUAAUCCGCCCAGGGAGGAUCAGCCACGCUGUUGGAGCCUUGACUCCGCCCUGGAGGAGGUCACCCACACCAUGCUACAGCAGCAGAGCCAUGCCCACGACACCACACAUGAUUCUUCUAUGUACUUUGAGGACUCCGGCCAUAUGAGGAGGAAGGGUUCCUUGUACAUCGACCUGGUGGCCUUGUCAGGUUACAGUAAACUGGUGACAGGUCCUCCCACAGAAUAUGGUUAGCCACUGGUCACAGCUCAACAUGUGCUGACUGGACUGUAGUCCUAGCUAUUUGACUAAAGCUGAUGAUUUACUUUUUCUUAAAAGAAUGGCCUUUCUGUUGGACUGAUCAGGUGGACAUCUCCCGGCAACAUUGACAAAUGCAAUGCUCAAGCUCAACCUUGAUGCUAAAAUGGACAGUGGAGAGCCCAUUGUGGUUGGAAGAGAUUUCAUGUAUAUCAUUAAGCAAUAACUGUCAGUUGGUCAACUGUUGGUAUGAUUUCCCAGAGAUCCUUGUUUUUGAAUAGUUUAGGAAAGUAAUAUAUCACUUAAUAUGUAAGUUACCUGUGUAAGUAUGUAAACUGUAUAUUCAGUUCUUUGUGGACUUACUCUAUUUUUUAUUCCUGUGGAAUAUGAAGGGCAACACAAUAUGAAAUAUAAAACAUAAAAAUGACUCUUCUUGACGCAUGACACAUGAUUUCUGUUUUGUACAUCCUGUGAGAUGUAAAAUUGUGCUAUUUCUGUUUCUAUUUCUGUUAACUAGGUGUCA